GUCUCUUACUGGGUUCUAGUUCUUGCCUUGUUCUCUACAGGUGCAAACAGAUGAACUUUUCUGAUGAGCUGCCUCAGAUCUCGGUGGUCUUUAUUUUUGUAAACGAGGCUCUGUCUGUCAUCUUGCGCUCAGUGCACAGUGUUGUGAAUCAUACCCCAUCCCAUUUGCUCAAGGAGAUCAUUCUGGUGGAUGACAACAGUGAUAACGUUGAGCUGAAGUUUAAUCUGGACCAGUACGUCAAUAAGAGAUACCCAGGCCUGGUGAAGAUAGUGCGCAAUAACAAACGGGAAGGACUGAUUCGAGCUCGAAUCCAAGGCUGGAAAGCAGCAACCUCUCUGAUCGUUGGUUUCUUUGACGCUCAUGUGGAGUUCAACACUGGCUGGUACACAUAUGUCUUUGCAGUCUGGAUUUCCCAAGGGGAGAACAUGCUGCAAUACAAACAGAAGCAUUUUUACAUGGUACGCUAUGCUCCCAAAGUCUGCAAAUGA